AAACCGCAGCAGCUAAAUUGAAUGAUGUGUACAUAUAUAAGACGCACUGGACUAUAAGCCGCAGGUGUUUUAAUGUUUAAUUACCAUUAGGGCUGGCCCGAAUGCCAUUUUUCAGGCUUCGGAUACUCGUUGGUUUUUCCGAGCGAUUAAUCGAAUACUCGUUCCAGAAAAAAACACCACCAAAAAUAACAUUAAUAAUCCCUAUAUACUCCCUGGAACCGAUUAUGACAGUAUCUGCAUAUUUUGUUGAAGAUUUAAUAGCUUUUUACCGUUAAUUAGUAGGCCUAAGUAGGUUGAAGUUCCUUAGUUUUUCCCUGUGGAAGCGAACAGCUGUUGUUCCGUUCCGAAUCAAGUGUGUGUGUGUGUGUGUGUGUGUGUGUGUGUGUGUGUGUGUGUGUGUGUGUGUGUGUGUGUGUGUGUGUGUGUGUGUGUGUGUGUGUGUGUGUGUCAAUAUGUGAUGCUCACCUAGUCCUCUUAUUUUGAGUAAUGAAAUGCAGCCCUUUUUUCAGGAAUGUAUGGACAAACUGAACCUCAGGAACUUGGUGUCUAUUUCAAUGGAUGGGCCCAAUGUGAAUUGGAAACUCUUCGACCUUUUCCAGAAAGAUCAAGCUGAGCAGUACGGAGGUCUUCAGCUCGUUUGUGUGGGGAGCUGUGGCCUACACACGCUACACAACUCCUUCAAGUGUGGGUUCACUGUAUGGCAGCUGGACAAAUUGCUGAGAGCAAUGCACACAUUGUUUCACAAUACGCCUGCCAGGAGAGAGGAUUACAUCACCGUAACCAAGUCCAGUGUGUUCCCUCUAUCUUUCUGUGCCCAUCGUUGGGUAGAAAACCUUCCGGUUGUGGAGAGAGCCCUGGCAGUCUGGCCAUCACUUCUCCUGUACAUGGAAGCUGUGAAAACAAAGAGACUCCCGAACCCUGGAACAGCAUCAUAUGACACACUUGCAGCAGCCAUAAAGGAUCCACUCGUCUUGGCCAAAUUGCAGUUCUACGCAGCAAUUGCCAGGACCUUCAAUCCCUUCCUGAAAAAAUAUCAGACGGAUGAGCCUGUGCUCCCAUUCCUCCCCAAGGACCUGACCGAGUUGAUGAUGAGUCUACUCAGACGCUUCAUAAAAAGAGAAGUACUACACGAUAUCACUGCCCUGCAGCUGACCAAACUGGAUGUCACAGACAAGACCAUCUGGCUCAGCCCACAAGACAUCAGCAUUGGUCUAGGUGCAGAGUCAAGAAUCAAAGGUGCAGAACUCAGGGUGCUCGAGUUCAAGAGAGAGUGCAUGCAGGGACUGAGUAACAUGAUCAAGAAAGUGCAGGACAAGAGCCCCCUCAAGUAUCUGACUGUUAGGCAGAUGGUGUGCCUGGAUCCGUCAGUAAUGUAUAGAGAACCAGAUAGAGGCAGGAAUCACAUGAAAGGGCUGGUUCAAAGGUUUCUCCAGGACAAACAGCUUACUGAUACUUCUUUGGGGGAUGUCAUACUGCAGCCGUUUGACAGUCUCCUGUCCUUGGAGAGCCGGAGUGAGGACUUCCUCUCCUUUCAACCCAUGCAGAAGAGGCUGGACAUCUUCCUGAGCAGCGCCAUGGAGCCUUAUCCCGAGCUGUGGGCCUUCUGCAAGAAGCUGCUCAUCCUCUCCCACGGUCAAGCUACAGUUGAGCGUGGAUUCUCAAUCAAUAAAGAGGUGGAGUCUGAUAACUUGGAGGAGGAUACUGUGGUCACACGGAGACUGGUGUGUGACUUCAUCAUACAACAUGGAGGUGUUACCAAGGUUCCACUCAGUAAACCGCUACUGGAAAGUGUAGCAAGGGCAAGGACAAGGUAUCGUACCCAUCUGGAGACCAAAAGAAGGAACAGGGAGGCAAAAGAGCAGGCUCUCAAGAGGAGGGAAGCAGAGAACUGUCUUGAGGAGCUGAAGGUUAAGAGGAGACGUGUACAGGAGGUAUCUGAGGGUCUGGCUAGGGAUGCGGACAAGAUGGCUGAGGAGGCUGAAGCGAAGGCAGGGAGCAAGAUGGCUGGCCUGAUCACCAGGUCAAACAUCCUGCGGAGAGGCCAUAAGGAGAAGUUGGCAGAACUGGCUCUCCUUGAUAAAGAGAUCGCUGCUAAGAGUGCAGAACUUAGGAGUUGACUGUGAUCAUAAUUUUAUUUAUUGUUGAGUUGAUUUUCAUUGUUUAUUGUUCAGGAGUCUGUGCUGUUGGCGUAAGUACUCACCACUAUGCUGUAAUGUUCCAUCAUUCCAUAAUGCUUUACAGUCCACAUUUUCACAUUUGUUGAAAUAAAUUAACAAAUUUUGAACAAACGUUGUCGGUAGGUCUGUGAAAUAGGCCGUGAAAUAGGUAUUAAUUUUUUAUAUAAGUGGUCUUAAAAGGGACUUAAAAAGACUUGAAUUUGACUUGAACAAACCUGUAGGAACCCUGAUACUAUUAAACAUUAGUGUUUUUCAGAGAUGGAAGUAACUUCAGAAAAUAAUUUAAUUUUUUUGAUGUGGUUUUGCUGCCUUUCCAGUAUUUUUCCCCCUUCAGAGGCAUUUAUAUCGAAAUUAGAAGAUAAAAUUAACAUACAGUGAUAUAAUACCGUUACCGUCUAUUCCUCAAAUCAUACCGUGAUAUACAUUUUAGUCCAUACCGUACAGCCCUAGUACCUACCCACAUUAAUAA